AUGGGAAAGGAGAAGACGCAUAUUAACUUGGUUGUUAUUGGCCAUGUAGACAGCGGCAAGUCUACAACAACAGGACAUUUAAUUUAUAAGUUAGGGGGUAUUGAUAAGAGAACGAUCGAGAAGUUUGAGAAGGAGAGCAGCGAGAUGGGCAAGGCUUCGUUUAAAUAUGCAUGGGUGUUAGAUAAGCUGAAGGCAGAAAGAGAGAGAGGUAUUACUAUAGACAUUGCAUUGUGGCAGUUUGAAACACCUACCUUUCAUUAUACUGUUAUUGAUGCUCCGGGUCAUAGAGACUUUAUUAAGAAUAUGAUUACAGGGACAUCUCAGGCUGAUGUUGCACUCCUCGUUGUUCCUGCUGAUCAAGGUGGCUUUGAAGGUGCUUUCUCAAAAGAAGGUCAGACCCGUGAACACGCAUUGCUUGCGUUUACACUGGGUGUGAAGCAGAUGAUCGUAGGAAUUAACAAGAUGGAUGCAACAACACCAGAGAAGUACAGCGAAAGCCGCUUCAACGAAAUUCAAGCUGAGGUGUCUCGGUACCUCAAGACUGUGGGGUACAACCCAGAGAAGGUACCCUUCGUUCCUAUCUCCGGCUUCAUGGGUGAUAACAUGGUCGAGAAGAGCACAAACAUGCCGUGGUACAAGGGCAAGACAUUAGUAGAAGCAUUAGAUAGUGUAGAGCCUCCUAAGAGACCGAGCGACAAGCCUUUACGUCUGCCUCUUCAAGAUGUAUAUAAGAUUGGGGGUAUCGGUACUGUACCUGUAGGGAGAGUAGAGACAGGUAUAUUGAAGCCCGGUAUGGUCGUAACAUUCGCACCGACAGGUCUUCAGACUGAAGUAAAGUCUGUUGAGAUGCAUCAUACACAGUUAGAACAAGCAGUACCUGGAGAUAAUGUCGGGUUUAAUGUUAAGAACGUCUCUGUUAAGGAUGUUAAGAGAGGACAUGUUGCCUCUGAUUCAAAGAACGAUCCGGCUAAGGGGGCAGCUAGCUUUCAAGCACAAGUUAUUGUUCUUCAUCACCCUGGCCAGAUUAACCCUGGAUAUACACCUGUAUUAGAUUGUCAUACAGCACACAUAUCGUGCAAGUUCGCAGAACUAGAGAAGAGAUUAGACAGACGAAGCGGUAAGGCUCUUGAAGACAACCCUAAAUUUAUUAAGUCCGGCGAUGCUGCUAUUGUUAAGAUGGAGCCCUCUAAGCCGAUGUGUGUCGAGUCCUUUAUUGAAUAUCCGCCUCUAGGUAGAUUUGCUGUUCGCGAUAUGAAGCAAACAAUUGCUGUCGGUGUUAUUAAGGCUGUUGAGAAGAAAGAAGCAGGAGGUAAAGUAACUAAGAGUGCUCAGAAGGCUGCAGGCAAGAAGUAA